AUGAACAACUCUACAGUGAACUUCACCACUGAAUCAUCCACAACUAAUUCCUUUGGGCCAUUGGACAUUUUUGAAAUGUAUGCAUGCAGUUUUAGUUUCCUGUUUGGUCUUCCUACUCACUCCUAUGUUAUAUGGCUCAUCAUCACCACAGGAAGUGGAGUUGCAUCAGUGUUCUUUAAACUCAAUCUGUCUGUUUGUGAGAUUGGUAUCUGUGUGACUAGUUUGAUUUUUCUACUGUGUUUUUGGUUUUCAAGUCUCACAACAUUAAUGUGUUUUUUAAUGGGACUAGGCAUCACCGGUCGUCCUCUGUUUCAGUGUCUGAUCUGUGUUGAGCGUUACCUGGCAGUGGUUCAUCCUGUAACCUUUCUGAAGUACAAACCUCUCAGAUAUAGAGUGAUCUGCUGCACUGCGGUCUGGAUCAUAACUCUUGGCUCUUGUAUAUUCUCUAUGUUCCUCUCGCUGAAUACUAUAGAACAAACGUGUUUUUUCUCAACACAGUUCCUCCUCUUCCUCUCCAUCCAGUUGUUUUGUCUUGUGGCUGUUCUCAGAGCUCUGAAGCAGUCAGGACCAGGAGAGAGAGGGAGAGAGAGAAAUGAGGAAAACCACAUAAAGAGAAGGGCUUUUAAUGUCAUUCUAAUAACUACUGUCAAUAUGUUGAAUUGA